AUGCUAGGUGUUACAUGCAAGACAACAGCAGAACUUGAAGGUUAUCAGAGCGAUUGCCUGCACCUCCCAGGGCCAGCUGGUGUGCACACCUGCGGCAUCCUGCCAGAAAGGCAACUGCCGAAGACGAUGACUCAGAUGCUUUCGCUCUUGCUGUACGGCUUCGUGUUUCUUUUGGCCACAGAGUCCUGCAGGACGUUAUGCCAGGCUGCCAACAAGAGCAAGGAGCAGGUGUCUACCAGGCCACACGGUGAAUGCCAUGGCACUUGUGUGGACAAUUCCUACUGCAGCCAACCUUGCCCUCCAGACACUCCCGGGGAUAUGGGGUUUUUAUGCAGGCAAAAGAAAUGGCACAAAGUCACUGACACCUGCCGUACUCUCACUGCCUUCAACAUCUUUGAGGCAGAUUUAAAUUCUGUUCAAACAUUUGGAGGAUCAAAAAUAAGCGAAUAUACCAACAAGCCUGAGACUAUUACAGAUUUGUUAAUGGAAAAGUGUCCGCAGGAUCUGUCCUGCGUGAUUAGGAACAUUCAGAAGUCUCCCCGGAUUCCGGGAAACAUUGCUGUGAUUGUGCAACUCUUACACAACAUCUCCACUGUGCCACUGACGGAUGUUGAUGAGGCAAAGAUGCAGAGUUACAGCAUCAUGGCCAACCACAUUCUAAAUAGCAAAAGCAUCUCAAACUGGACCUUCCUCCCCGAAAGAAACAGCAGCUGUGUCCUGCUACAUUCAAUCAAUUCCUUCGCAAGAAAGCUAUUUGUCAAUAAGCAUCCCAUUGACAUAGCAGAUAGUUUCAUCCACACGGUGGGCACCAUCCUCUCUAGAGACAACGCUGGAAAGAAUUUCACCUUUUCAAUGAGAGUUAACGACACCAGCGACGUGGUCGCGGGGAAGGUGUUGAUCAGUAGAGAGGAACUUCAGGAGGUGCCUUCUCCUUCUCGGGCCGUCAGCAUCGCAUUUCCAACUCUGGGGGCCAUCUUAGAAGCCAGUGUUUUAGAAAGCAUCACCGUGAAUGGGCUUGUCCUGUCUGUCAUUCUGCCCAAGGAACUUGAAAAAAUCUUGCUGAUUUUUGAAAAGAUCAGCAAGUCAGAGGACAGGACAGCGCAGUGUGUAGGCUGGCACUCCUUAGAGGGCAGAUGGGACCGCAAGGUCUGCCAGAUGAUUGAGGAGAACUCCCAGCAGGCGGUCUGCAAAUGUAGCCCGAGCAAGGCGUUUACCUCUUUCUCGAUUCUGAUGGCACCCCACGUCUUGCAGAGCCCCAUCCUGAUUUACAUCACGUACAUAGGCCUGGGUGUUUCUAUUUGCAGCUUGAUCCUCUGCUUGUCCAUCGAGGCCUUGGUCUGGGGCCAGGUGACGAAGACAGAGAUCUCAUACUUACGCCACGUGUGCAUUGCUAACAUUGCGACCACCUUACUGAUGGCUGAUGUGUGGUUCGUCGUGGCUUCCUUUCUCAGCGGUCCAACCAGGCACCACAGCGCAUGCGUGGCAGCAACCUUUUUUGUUCAUUUCUUUUACCUUUCUGUGUUUUUCUGGAUGCUCGCCAAGGCACUUCUCAUCCUCUACGGAAUCCUGAUAGUCUUCCAUACAUUGCCCAAGUCCGUCCUGGUGGCAGCUCUCUUUGCAGUGGGCUACGGGUGCCCUUUGCUCAUCGCUGCUAUCACGGUCGCUGCCACUGAGCCUGGCAAAGGUUAUCUCCGGCCUGAGGCCUGUUGGCUCAACUGGGACAUGACCAAGGCCCUUCUGGCUUUUGUGGUUCCGGCUCUGGCCAUCGUGGUUGUCAACCUGGUCACAGUCACACUGGUGAUUGUCAAGACCCGGCGAGCGGCCAUCGGCAGUUCCAUGUUCCAGGAAGUCAGGGCCAUCGUGAGGAUCAGUAAAAACAUUGCCAUCCUCACGCCACUGCUGGGACUGACCUGGGGAUUUGGCAUAGCCAUGGUCCUCAAUGAUGGCUCGCUGGCAUGCCACAUCAUCUUCUCCCUGCUCAACGCCUUCCAGGGCUUCUUCAUCCUGGUGUUUGGAACAAUCCUGGAUCCGAAGAUAAGAGAUGCCUUAAAGGAUCGAAUAAACUCUGCACAAUGGAUCUCCAGGAUAUCAGAGAAUGUCUCUUCUGAUUUCUCUCGUCACCCCACCAAAGUGCCACGCUAG